UCGAAUUACUUGAGUAAUCGGACGCGUGUGCCACGUGAUGAGUUUCGUGUUCGGUCAUCUUUCGAUGUUAAGUGUUGGUUUUGUUAUUUGUUUUGGUGACAAAAAAAGGAAAUUGUAUUGUGAACCGUAUUUAUUUUGUUCGAGAUAUUUUCUUGUGAGGAGCAAACGUCCUGUAAGUAGGAGGCUACGUGAAAAUGGUUCCGCUGCAGUUUCUGAAAAGUGGUACAAAGAGAAGAGAUUCGAAAAAGGCCAAGUGUGAUAGAAAAGUUAUUACAAAUUGUAGCUCCAUAUCUCACAUGCGUAGCUCAAGUGCUAUAUAUUUCCACGUACGAGAGACCCAAACUCCGAUUCGUAAUCAAACAAAAUCUGUGAAAGGCUCCCCAGCGGACAAGGCGGAUCUGGAGGUGGGCGAUGAGAUCUUGGAGGUGAACGGAAAGUGCCUGGAAGACGCAACGCACACGGAAGUCAUUUCGCACAUUCACCAAUGCAUACGAAGCAGAACAAUAUGUCUUCGAGUAAAAAGACGCAGCGGCAAUCGGCUAGCGCUGGACCUGGCGCAGAACAGCAACGUGCAGGAUGCGUUUGUCAUCGCGGUGGAGCAGCAGGCCAGGGAGCGCCUGGAGCGCCUCACAGCGCUCAAGAAAAUCAAACCGGUGGACAUGUCCAAGCUCUCCCAGCAGCUUCCAUCAAUCUGUUUUGUUUAA